GGGAGGUGAUUAGUGAUGAGCAUGGCAUCAACCCUGUGGGGAUCUAUGAAGGUGAUUCGCCAACGCAAGUGGAGAGGCUCAAUGUCUACUUCAAUGAGGCCCACGGAGGGAAGUAUGUCCCGAGGGCUCUGCUGGUGGACCUGGAGCCCGGUACCAUGGACAGCGUCCGCGGGAGCAAAAUAGGACAACUCUUCAGACCCGACAACUUUAUACACGGCAACUCUGGCGCGGGCAACAACUGGGCGAAGGGCCACUACACGGAGGGGGCAGAGCUUGUGGAGAGCGUUGUGGACCGAGUACGCAAUGAGGCCGAGAGCUGUGACUGUUUACAGGGUUUCCAGUUAGUUCACUCCCUGGGUGGCGGCACCGGUUCUGGCAUGGGCACCCUGCUCAUCAACAAGAUCAGAGAGGAGUACCCCGACCGCAUCAUGAACUCAUUCAGCAUCAUGCCCUCACCCAAGGUGUCUGAUACAGUAGUGGAGCCCUACAAUGCAACACUGUCAGUGCACCAGCUGAUCGAGAACACGGAUGAGACGUUCUGCAUCGACAACGAGGCACUGUAUGAUAUCUGCUUCCGCACGCUGAAGCUGACCACGCCCACCUACGGUGACCUCAACCACCUGGUGUCCUUGACAAUGAGCGGGGUCACGACCUCGCUGCGUUUCCCGGGGCAACUCAACGCCGACCUGCGCAAGCUGGCCGUCAACAUGGUGCCGUUUCCCAGGCUGCACUUCUUCAUGCCGGGCUUUGCCCCCCUGACCAGCAGGGGCAGUCAGCAGUACCGAGCCCUCACUGUCCCGGAGCUGACGCAGCAGAUGUUUGACUCCCGAAACAUGAUGACGGCGUGCGACCCGCGACGAGGACGGUACCUUACCGUGGCCGGUGUGUUCCGAGGACGCAUGAGCACCAAGGAGGUGGAUGAGCAAAUGUUGGCCGUUCAGCAGAAGAACUCAGAAUACUUUGUGGAGUGGAUCCCACACAACGUCAAGGUGGCAGUGUGCGAUAUUCCUCCGCGCGGCCUCAAAAUGGCCUCCACCUUCAUCGGGAACAACACAGCCAUCCAAGAGAUCUUCAGACGCGUAGGAGAACAGUUUACACUCAUGUUCCGACGCAAGGCGUUCCUGCACUGGUACACAGGCGAGGGCAUGGACGAGUUGGAGUUCAGCGAGGCGGAGAGUAACCUUAAUGACCUGGUGUCGGAAUACCAGCAGUACCAGGACGCCACCGCGGACCACCAAUGGGGAGCCGACGAGGACGAGGAGGAAGAGGCGGAGCCUAGCUCGGCCAGCGCCAGCAGCGUCACUGUCACCUCAAAGGUCACCGUGGAAACCACCGAGGUCGUCACCACUGAGGAGACGACCGAGUGACGAAUCGUGAUGGGGACGCCAGCCAUCGUCACUCUUUAUUUCAUGUACAUUUUUAUAUAUAAGUAGUCUUUACUUAUGACCUGGAGAGACCAAGAGACAUACAGGCAGUUGGGGAAAAAAGGGGGGAGCGGGAACCUCGGGAAAAAGGGAGAGGGAUACAGAGAGCGGGGGAUGAAGAGGGAUGAAGAAGGUUUCAUGCCCUGGAGAGACU